AUCAAAUGGUUUAUAAAUGGAUCAUUAAACGUAUCAGUUAACUGUGUUGAUCGACACUGUGAAGACAACCCUAACCGGAUUGCACUCAUAUGGGAAAAAGAUGAACCAGGCACACAAGAAUAUGUGACAUAUAUAGAACUGUACAACAUGGUAAACAAGAUGGCAAACCUCCUGCGCAGCCAUUGUAUUAAGAAGGGAGACAGAGUGGCCAUCUACCUUCCCAAGUCUCCCAUUGCCGUAGCAUCUAUGUUAGCCUGUGCCAGGAUUGGGGCCAUUCACAGUGUGGUGUUUGCUGGAUUCAGUGCCGACUCUUUGGCUGAUAGAAUAAAUGAUGCUCAAGCGGAGACUGUGAUCACGGCUGACCAGGGUGUGAGAGGUGGGAAGAUCAUACAGCUGAAGCGCCUGGUGGAUGAGGCCGUACAGAAGUGCCCCUGUGUUAGACAGGUGUUUGUGGCCAGACGCACAGGAGGAGAUGUGCCCAUGGGUAAACUGGACAUUCCCCUAGACAAGGCUCUGGAGAGUCAGUCCACUAAAAUACAGCCAUUGGAGAUGGACAGUGAGGACUAUCUGUUCCUGCUAUACACCUCUGGGAGCACGGGCAAACCCAAGGGCCUGGCCCACACACAGGGGGGCUAUCUCACAUAUGCCAACAUCACGCACAAGCAUGUGUUUGACUACCAGCCAGAGGAAGUGUUUGGAUGUGUGGCAGACAUUGGCUGGAUCACUGGUCAUACCUACGUGGUGUAUGGUCCACUGUCUAACGGAGCUACCACCCUGCUCUUUGAAAGCACACCCACAUACCCGGAUCCUGGUCGUUACUGGGAGAUGACUGAGAGACUGAAGCUGAAUCACCUGUAUUUGUCCCCAACGGCCCUUAGACUGCUCCUCAAGUCCGGGGACUCUUGGGUACAAAAGUAUGACCGUUCGUCUCUGAGGGUGCUUGGUUGUGUUGGAGAACCUCUUAACCAUGAUGCUUGGGAGUGGUAUUAUAAUGUGAUCGGGGAGAAAAGGUGUGACGUCAUAGACACCUGGUGGCAGACAGAGACAGGAGGGAUAUGUAUUUCACCUCGCCCAUCUGCACCAGGGGCUGAAAUACGCAGUGGAAUGCCCAUGAGACCCUUCUUUGGGAUUGACCCUGUUCUUAUGGAUCAGAAGGGUAAUGAACGAACAGGAAGCAAUGACAAGGGUGGACUGUACAUCCGCCACCCCUGGCCAGGCAUGGCUCGUACAAUCUGGGGGGAUCAUGAGAGGUUCAUGUCAACAUACUUGACUGUAGCACCAGGUAUGUAUUUUUCUGGGGAUGGAGCCCGCAGACAUGAUGGGGAGUAUUAUCAGAUCACUGGGCGUAUGGAUGAUGUUAUCAACACCAGUGGCCACAGACUGGGUACAGCAGAACUUGAAGAUGUCAUUGACGACCAUGACGAAGUGUCAGAAUGCGCUGCUGUGGGUUUCCCGCAUGACAUUAAAGGAGAGGGUAUAUAUUUGUAUGUGGUGCUCAAAGAUGGUGUGAUGAAAUCGGAGGACGAACUCAGAGCAGAAUUCAAUGAUCUGGUUAAGAAACGUAUUGCAGCCUAUGCCAUGGCAGAUAUGAUACAGUUUUCCCCAGGGUUGCCGCGGACCAGAUCAGGUAAGAUCAUGCGGCGGAUUCUCCGUAAAGUGGCCAGAAACGAGUCAGGUGAGUUGGGCGAUACAUCAACCCUUGCUGACCCCUCUGUGGUGGACGUCAUCGUCAGUAAUCAUGAACAGCUGCUGAAAAACGGCUCAAAGGAAUAGAGCCCACAUACAGUGCUCAUGACAAUUUAGCAAUAGUCUUUUGCGAAACUUAACAGCAACUUUACACUAUAAUCAGGAAUAUGCUCUUACUGUAACAUGAUUUAAUUCUAUGCAGAAAUAAUAUUCUGGUAUGUUUUAUCAUUUUGUUAUUAAUAUAUAUCAGGUCAAUGUCACAACCAGUUGUCUUAAUCUACUAAUGGAUCAGUUUGUACCGGUACAUGCAUUGUAUUUGCCAGCUUUAAGUCAUACAUGUAUAUAUGAACAUGCAUCAGACAUCUACAGUCUUGCUUUAGUCUGUUAGUUAAGGGAUAUCAUAUUUAUCUUGAGCAUCCAUAAAGCUGUAAGUGUAUUAUCACAUAUCAUACACUCAGUUGUACAGGAAAGGAAGAAGAGGGCAUAAGGGGAGGCAACCCACAUGUACUUGAUUUUGUGCAUCUUCUGGAAAACUAAAUAACUCUGACAGUUAAAAGUAAACUUUAGCCUGCCGUGACUUGUAAAGAAGUAGCCAAGGGCACUGUACACUGGUUCCCUCCACAUUUAAAUGUGAUCACUGUGGUAUAAGCAAAAAGCGAAGAUAAGCACAAAGUUCUUGAGUAAGGCAAUAAACAUCAACCUGUUAAUGAAAUCUAAGUGAAAUGUUGAUAUUUUAUGUAUAUUGGAUAUUGGCUUUGCAUAGAGGAGUGCAUUGGAGUUUUCUGAUACAUAUCAGUUUGAUUCUACCUCAUAAUUUGCGAAUGAAACUUUUUAGUGAAAUUCUUCGCUCUCUUUGAAUGCUGUUUUAUUGUCUGCAUGUUUCCUUUCUAUUAAUUUUAUGCUGUUGUUGAAAUGUCAGAAAUAUGAUAGUAGUAAUUACAAAUUUGAAGACUGUGCCUUGAAAGACACAACAUUAGUAGAAUUGUGAACACAAUAGUGAAAUUCUUACUGUGUUUUUUCAUUAACUCCAUUACUAUCCCUAUUACUUUUUUAUGCUGUUGUUGAAAGAUUGUUAUAAUGAUUCUGAAAUUAAUUUCUUCAAAUUUUUAAGACAGUGCCUUGAAGGACACUAAACAAGUUGUGAUUAUAUCUUUCGGAAGAAAUUGUUUAAAUUUGUUCACAAAUUUCUUCAGGUAUUGUUACAUGUAUUUUUACCAAUAAUGUUUUCUGCAUAGGCAGAAACCAUCAUAUAUGCUCGUUACCUCGUUGCUGGUUUGACGAGUUUCUAUCGAUUGAUACUCAGGCUCAUUAUCAUGACAUGAUAUAAUCUUUUACACCAAACUAUAUGUCCUACCCUUCUGCAGAUAUGUUAGCUGUGUGACAUCAUGACUGAGUUAUCUGAUGUUGAAAGCAUACUCACAUGUUUGUGAUGAGUGACAGUGUUUUAAAUUGUAUGUGUCAAUACUCUGAGGCCUCUUGCACUAAGCAAUCGUUGGCUAAGUUGAUUGUAACUACCAUGGCAACAUAAAUGUAUGUUUUUAACAUGUUUUGUCAUCAUAGUUACAAUCAACUUAAGCUUCUGUCGUGGUGUUGAAUGAAUGAAUGCUUGGGGUUUUAACAUCAUACUUAACAAUUUUUCAUAUGACGUCAUAUGACAACAAGGAGUCAUUAUGUGUGUGUAUAUAUAUUGUGUCUUCUUGUGGCUGGGCGAGGCCAUGCUGGCAGAGUACUGCUGCCACUGAAGUAUCAUGCCUAGGACACCAGAUGUGACACCCCAUCCAGUCACAUUAUGCUGACACUGGGCCAUCCAGACCUGUUUCCUUGCUGUAACCUCUUACUGAUGAUUGCCAAGAGAGGCAGCAACAAAUUUUCAAAUCUUUGUUUUGACCAAACCCUGGUUUGAUCCUAGGGUCUCCUGACUUCGAGGCAGACUCUCUAACCCUUAGGCUAUGAAAGCGGUUCGCUUUGUUGAAGUGGCCCCAGAUGUGAACAAGUUGGUAAAUGCUUGUCUGAAAUGUGGAUACUUUUUUCAAUAUUCAUGGCUGGAGUUUGCUCAUAAUAAUGUAUGCAUCUGUCUGUGUCACCACUGUAUUAACGAAUCAUUGUUGCAGUGUCCGUGUUUGACUUGUAAUAGCAUGCAUAUCCGGUACUGAAGGAGAAAAAGUAAUAAUCAGAUAUUGAACUCCAUUGGAAUAAGAAGCUGAUCUUAAAUGUGUUUUUGCAGGUUUGAAUAGGACUUUACUCAGCCCAGCUUCUAACAGUGUAUUCGGCGGUGAAUAUUCAGAUUUAUAAAAUAGUUUGUUGUUUGAGUAGGUACCAGAUCAGAUGUUGAAACAGUCUUGCCACAGAAAUAUUACUUAACAUUUCUGUGAUAUUAUUUUGAUUACAUAUAUGCAUGUGUGUUUAUAAAGAAUUGUAUUCUCUUUAAAGCAUUACUUUCUAAUUCUUGGGUUUCUUUCGAUAGACAUUACUUCUGAUGAUAUUAUAUGAGGCUGUGAUGAAUCCAAUAAUAUUAGUGUGCUUGUAAAUCUGGCGGUAACUGUAGGUUUACACCUAACCUGUCAGUCAAUCGCAAACCAGUUUUUCAGACUCUUUCCCAAAAGGUUUUUGGAAUUUAAUUGAAACUUGGUAGAUGGUUUUACCAUGAUAAACUUACUGAGGUCGAGUUUCAGGCCAUUGUAUCCAAAUUUGACGAAAUCACGGCCAUUUUUGUCCUCUUUCUGACUUCAGAAGUUUUCCAGAUGUUGUGUUUUUUGAAUUGAAACUUGGUAUGUGACUGCACCAUGACAAGUUACAGAUCAAAUUCAAGUUUUUGUCUUUUUUUAGUGUGACGUUUUUUCUUCCGUAGUGGAUUUUAACAUGGCUGAUAUUCUGACACCUCUAUCCUGUAGGCGACGUAUUUACUACCAGGUUGCAUAUUAUUAUCGGUGCAUUCAGCAAUACAAACAUUUACUCAUUAUCAUAAUGUAUAUAGUGACAGCAACACAGUAAUGUAUAUUAAUAUAAGUAUACAUACAUGCACACAUACUAAAUACUGAAACUAGUUAGCUGUGAAAAGUGAUUGUUUAUGGUAGUUAUUUCAUUGCAAAGAUUACCUUCCAUAUAGUUGCUAUACAAUAAUGUAUAAACAUUGACAUUAAUUCAUUGCAAAGGUUGCCUUUAAUUUAAGUGUUCUACUUUUAUUUUAUAUUUUCAGUAGGUUGAAAAUUUUAGGGUUAUGUUUUACCUUUCACUGCAGACUUAAAAAAAAAAAAAAGAAUGAAAACAGAACACUUUGUUGAAAUAUAACAGUUCUUAUGUUAUUAAUAUUUGCACAUGUAUAUAGGCCCCUACAUGGAUUGUACUUGAAGGUUUUGUUAUUAAUAUAUGUUAUCACAUAUAGUAUUAUGUUUUUUUUAAAAAAUAUUAUUUCUAUCUGUUAUAACUGUUCAGUCUCUCCUUUGUAAUUACAAAAUGGUGGAGGUAUAUAUUAUUUUUCAUUUAUGGGUUAAUAGUAACACUACUUUGUUAAAUGACACGUUUUUUAGCUCAAUAUUGGUUCAGUGGAUCAUUUUCAACAUCAUGUCCUACACAUCAGUGUGCAUUUAUAAAUUCGCAUUGAUGGAUAUAAAAUUGAGGAUAAUGGCAAUGUCAGAAUAAAUUCUUGUAUGUCAGUAUCUUAUCAUACACAGUAUUACAGGGAUGGUGUUUUUGAAGUUGAAUUUUUGUAAGAAUUUGUUGUUAAAUAUAAAAAUUGAGGAUGGGAGAGAGAGUAUAAGUUGUCAAUAGCUGAAAUCAGUAUUUGCGUGUCGACAAUUUAUUGUCGUUCCUUACAAUUUUAGGCAUGGCAUUUUUUAAGUUUCAUUUUUCCAAGGAUCAUUGUUGUUAGCAAAUACAAAAACAGAGUAUACGAGGAAAGGAAUACAAUUGUUGUCAUUAGCUGAAUAAAUUCUGGCGUGUCAGUUAACACAUUAUAAACAUGAUUUCAUAAGGUGAUAGGGUUAGUAGGUCAUCAAAUGAAUGAAUGAAUUCUUCAAUCAUAUAUUGACCUUUAUAUAGGCUAUUGGUUUCUAUUAUUGUUCAUCUGUGUACACAUGGCAUUUGUAAAUUUGACUAUUUUUUCCACUUGUACCAGUAAUUAUGGCUGUCAAAAGUGUUAAAUGCCCAGCUCUUGCAGCGAGGAGAUACUUUUAGAAUCUCUGUUCCCUUUUAAUGUUGAUGCCAUUGGCAGGGAAAUUAGGUCAAGACGGCACUAUUGCCUUUACUGUUGCCAUGGCAACAUGCGUUGUAUGUUGUAUGUUUGUCAGAAUGAUGAAUGAUCGUUGUACACAUAAAUACGAUAUCAAGAGCACAAUACUAUACAUUCUACCAGGAAGAUACAGGUAUGUUUAUCUGUCUUAUCUUAUGUUCCUGAAUACUAGCUCAUAUUUAACACAGGAAAGUUUACUCGUAUAACUUGCUCAUUUCAAUUUAGCAUCUGUGAUAAAAUUCUUAAAGCUUUGGAAUUCUAUGUACUCCAGUUUUUUUCUUUCUUCUUUAUAUUAUACAUGGAUUACAUUAAUCUGUAUGGGCAUGCAUACCUUAUCCAUGUUUGAAGUGUUAUCCUUGUACUCAGUCAUGUUUCAGAAAUGUUUUACUGGUAGGACGAUUCUUCCUUCGAGAACUGCUGAUGUUUCGUGGAGUUUAACUCCUCUGCAUAAUAAAUUCUAACCGCUGUGCAUAAUGUGACAUCCCAAUA